AUGGCAAUUAUGAUUUCAGAUCAUCCUGGAUUGAAGCAUCAAUCACAGGACCAUUUAUCUCCUGCAUCAACCGUGCAGCGGGCAACUCGGGCUUGGACACCUAAUCAGCAAUGUGACAGUCAAACUGAUUAUCUGAAGAAAAUUGAACUGCAAUCGAGACGUAGCAAAAGUGUUGGACGUAACGUAGAAAAUCAACACAGAACUAUUGAACGACCUUAUCUUCAGUGUACAAAAAAUGAUUGGCAUGCAAAUACAGAAUCUGAGUGGCGUAGUGAGUUAAAUAAUGGUAGCCAUUCUGGUCUGUCAUCAUCAUCCUUUUAUCACUAUAUCACUAACAAUUUUGCACAAGAGCGCUCUAAAACGCAACAUUUUCAUUUACCACCUUAUCGCUUACAAUCACAUGAUCAAAAGCGAUCAGGAGUUGCUACGCGUAAAAAGUCUGCCCGAAAGAAAAGAUCAUACAGUUGCAGUUUGAUAUGUGAUAACUUUUCAUGGGACGAAAUGGAAUAUCUCUAUAAGGCAGUGGGAGGGAAGAAAGGAAUUCACAUGGAGUUAUUCACAGAUCAACUUAAUCAACUUAUGAAAUCGAUAACAAUUAGUGGUCAUCUGGAUGAAUCUGUCAUUUAUUUACAAAGUUUGCUUGACUGCUUGCAAGCUUGUGCAAGUAACUGUAAUCGUAGUAGUAAUAACAAUGCUCAGAGAGCAAGUAGAAGUUGCAGUGUGUCGCCAGCAUUGCUUACCACUUCUAACAAUCGUUGUUCUGUCUUCAAACACUUUGAUAAUUUGACAUCAUUACCUUAUUCUUCUACUCACUCCUUACCAUACACCUUUUCAGGUAAAACAACAACAAAUAAUCAGUGCUACAAUCAUGAGUUUGAAUUUAAAAAAAUCGCGAAAGAAGAGGUACUUACACGGCAGAAAGUUGAAAAGCUUUCCGAAGAAUUAUUACAGCAGCAAAAUCGGCGUCAUGGCUAUGUACCAUCUGCAUCUCCAGCCCUUCAGAAAAAUUUCAGCCGAUUCAGUGGUUUAAUCAAUGAAUAUGGACGUCCAGAACGUAAUUUCGCAUCACAGAUAUUAUCACCAUCCGAAAUCACAACUUGUACUGCACUCUUCUCCUUUAAGGCCCUUAAUUCUAAAGAAUUAUCAUUUAAUCGUGGUGAUGUGAUACGGGUACAACGCGUUAUUGAUGUCAACUGGAUGGAAGGGGAACGUAACGGUCAAAUUGGCAUCUUUCCUUCAUCAUACGUUCAAAUUGAUGAUGAUAAAGUGAAUGAGCAAAUUAAGUUAAUUGCUUUGUAUCCAUUUUUCGCGAGAAACAGAAAUGAGCUGUCGUUGAAGAAGGGUGAAACUUUACGCUACUUGCGCGCCAUUGAUGUGAACUGGAUUGAAGGUAAAAAUGUCCAUGGCCAAGUAGGUAUUUUCCCUAAAUCAUACGUUCGCAAAGCAUUUGAAGAUGUUUCACCUGAUAGCAAUGAAACCGCGAUACCAGAUAGGCCAAAAACUCCACACAUCAAUACCGUUCCAUAUAAGUUUGUUGCCAUAAUAUUUUGCAUGCUUUUGGCUUUCUAG